ACUGAGGAAUAUAACUGCAAGAACUAAACAUGUGCUUUUUCACUGACUGCUCUGCUUGCAUUGAUAAAGGAUAUGAAUGUCUGCAAGACCUAGAAAUUACAUUCAGUUCUGCUGGAUGGCAGGGAAUAUUGUUUUAGUGUUAAUGUUGUUAUCUAGGGUAUAGUAUCUGCUGUAACUUAUUGAAAAUUGCAUUAUGGCUUCAGGGGUGAACAGAACACAACACACAGGGAACUGCAAUGGACUUAAGGCAGAUCAGUAUAUCUCCACACAGGACUAUGACCAGGAACUACACAUGAAAAUGUGUAAGAAGAUUGCACAGUUAACUAAGGUUGUUUAUGCUCUGAAUACCAAGAAUGAUGAGCAUGAGGCCGCACUGCAGGCUAUUAAGGAUGCACACCAUGAAGAGAUCCAACACAUCAUUGAAGAAACAAGAGGGAAACUCUUAGAAUACAAAAACAGGGCUGGUGAAGAAACUGACCUACGACAACACAUUCAGAACCUGGAAGAAGCCUUAGAGCAGCAAAAAAAACUGAAAGAGAAUGCCUUGUUAGAUUUUGCUAUGUAUAAGAAGCAGGUUGAAGAAAGGCAGUUGAAGAUAGAAAAUGAACAUGCUGAAAGGAUAAUGGCUCUUUCUAAGGAGAUGCUUACUAUGAAAAAAGACUUUGAAAACAAACUUUGCCACUUUACAGAGCUUCAGCAAACACUGGAACUCAACAAGCAAGCAGCCAUGUUGGAGCUGGAGAAGAAAAAACAGGAGUCAGAUGAACUUCAAAAACAAUGUAUUAUGCGGAAGAGAGAGAGCAUGGAUGAAAGAGUUAAACUUGAGGAACAGUGCAAAGCAGAGAUGCAGGCAUUAAUGGAAGUAAUAGAAGCUCUAAGGUCUGAGAAUCUUAAAAUAAUUGAGGACUAUGAACAGAAAUCUAAAAAGAUGAAAACUUCAUUUGAUAAGGAAAAAGAGUCCUUGAAAAAGGCUAUACAGCAGUCAAUGACAGAGACUCUGAAACAAUGGCAAGAGCGAGAAGCUGGCAUAAGGAAAAGUAUGCAAGCUCAGGAGACAGCUCUGCAACAAAAGGUGAAAAAACUUGAGGCCGAUGCAGAAAGUAAACUUCAGAAGAUUAAUGAAUUCAAAAAGCACUGCCAAAAGCUACAAUCAAGGAUAAAGGAUCUGGAAAUACAGCUAGAAGAAGCUUGGAGGGAUUCUUCUGACUGCAAACUGAAUCUACAAAAACUCGAGGAUGAGCUGACAGUAUCCAAGGAGAGACUCAUCCUGCAGGAGAAUGAAAUACUCAGGAAGACAGAGGCCAUGAAAACCCUUGUGACUUCCAACAAUGAGGCUGUUGGAGAAGUUGAUGAACUAAAGAGUCACUUGUUGAAGCUUCAGAAGGAGUCUGUGGACACUUUACAAAGUGAAAAGCAUGAACUGCAACAAAGACAUGAAGAGGAGUUGAAGAAAGUCAAACGGCAGUGUGAGGAAGAAAAAACACGUCUCAAGGAGCAGUUGGUGAAAGGGUUGGAAGAACUUGUAAAGAAACACAGUGCUGAAAUCAAGUCACUUCAGUCCUCCAUGGAAGUAGAAAGAAAAAAGCUACAAAUGGAACAUCAUGUGCAGUUUGAGGAGUUCAAGAAGAAAACAGAGAAUGAAAUUCGACAAAUGGAAAAAGAAAAAGAAAUUCUGGAAAAGAGGUGUCAAGAAUCUCUCCUGGAGAUCUCAAGACUAGAAAACAUUGCACAUCAAAAUGAAACCAGUACUGAAAAAGCUGCAUUAUUUGAGUGUAACUCUGGAGAAACUCAAGGCAAACUGCAACAAAAUCUGGAAAAAACACAUCGGAAGAUUUCAGAGCUACAGGAUCAACUUUUGCAACAGAAGGAAAAGUUUCAGAAGGAGUUAUCAGAGAUGAAAAAUGAGCAUGAAAGACUCAGAGGUCAUCCUUCUGGUGAAGUAGAUUUAAAGUGUAAAGAAAACCUGAGACCUGAAGAUGAGUGGCAGCAUGAGCCCUUAAAGAGACAGCAUCCUGACAAACAGAAACCUGGCGUUACUCAACUACAGAAAGAGAGAAAUGCUGAAAAUAAAUCUUCCCAAGAGGAGCUGCAACAGAGAACUGUAGACCUACAAGCCCAGAUAACGCAGCUAAAAAAGAAGUCAGAGCUGCACUCAUGGAAGUCUCAAGACACACUACAGGAGCCGGAGGUACAGUUCAGCAAAGAAAAGGACAAGUUACGGCAAGAACUACAAGAUAGCAUCAGGCAGAACCAAAUUCUGAAAGCUCAGCUGGAAGCUUCACAGCAAAGACUAUUGAAAAGCCGAGAUAAAACUGUUCAACACAAUAACAAAGAAAUUGAAGAACGUCUUAAGAAAGAAUUCAGUGACAACGUCAGAUCUCAGGAGCAGGCUCACAAACUGGAAUUGCAGGCCCUAGAAGAAAGGGCAAGGAAAGAUCUACAGGCUGAACGGGAGCGCGCAGAAAUGCAGCAGAAACUGUUAUUAGAGUCCAUGAAACUGGAAUUAAGUCAGCAGCAUACCUCAUGGAUCAGUCAGGUCAACCAGCAUCACAAAAAACAGAUUGAAGAGCUGCAGACAGAAGUGAAUAGUCUGCGAGAAAUGAAGAAAAAUCAGGUAGAAAGAAUUCUUGUUAUUGUUCUGAUUCUAAGCAGUGAUCACAUUUACUGUUAUGAAAAGAUAAAUAUUUGCUUUUAUUUAGUCUGUAUAGGGGAAAAAAAGUCACAAACUGACCUAAACUGGGGUGGCUGUCAAGCCAACUUAACACAAGACAUUCAGAAUGGCUUGGACUUUAAGCAGAUGGCUUUCCCAGUCUUAGGACAAUAUUAUGAUGUUAUCAAGGAAGAGAAUAAUCACAUCCAUCUCAAAGGCAUGAAAGAGGAAGUAGACAAACAACAGAAUGAGAUUAAUAGUCUGAGGAAAGAGAAUACACUCCUACAGAAUACAGUACAUUUGCUUUCAGCAGAGUCUGAGUUAAAGAAGCAAGAAAGUGUACAGCUCAGAGACAGAGAAAGCAAGCAGAGACCUAUUGAAGAUGAUCUUAAGGCCAAGCACAAGAAGGAGCUGGACUCCAUGAAACAAGAUCACCGGAAAGAAAUGCAAACCAUUGUCUCUGAUUUCCCCAGCUCCCAGGCCCAUCUGCAAGCAAAGAUUGUCUCCCUUGAAAAUAAGUUAAAGGAGUGUGAUGAAAAGCACAGAAAGCGAGACUCAAAGCCAGAAGACUUGCAGCUCAUUGGUAAGCUUCAAGACAAGCUAAGUGAACGAGACCAGCUUAUAAAACGACUUAUGGAAGAACGCAGAUUUUCAAACACAGUCACAGUGAAUAAUGGUGGUCAGACAAAUUGUUCCUGCAAUCCUGCACCUGGAAGUUUAACACCAACAAUGAAGAAGAAGAAGACAGAAGAACCACCAAGCCGUGUUGUCAGUGUGCCGAAUCUGGUUUCAUAUGAGAAGAGCUUUUCAAGCCGUGACUCAAGUCCAGUUAGAAGAAUGGCUCAGUUAAUUAAAUCUGCAAGUGUUGACCACAGUUUCAGUCAGAAAAAGGAAGUCCAGCCACGUGUACCAGUCCAAAACACGGUGAAUGAAACAAAUCCAAGAUCUUCAGGCAAAGAAAAAACUAAUUACAAAGGAAGUCCUGAGCAAGAGAAUCAAUGUCAGGAAUGGUUUACCAGAUACUUCUCAUUCUAGAGAUUAACAGGCAUUCAGCAGAUCAGAGGAAAAGAAGAAAUGAACCUAACAGAAUUUUACUUUUAUAGUGCCUUCUGUAAAGGUGAUAUUUGUGUUUGUUUGCCCUCAUUAAGAGAUCACAGCAUAUACUUCUCAGUGUGAAUAUGGACUAGCUUCACAUCCAAGUGACAUCACAAAUGAAAAGAUAUAUCUCUUGCUGCAUCUGUCACAUUGUUUUGGUGAAAUAAAAAAAAAUCAGAUGGUGCAAAAUAUUUUGAUAAAUUGUAAAAUUAAUUCCAGGAAGGUUUACCUAUUAGGACAAUAGAUUUGGUAACAGGCACUCAAGAGUUUAUCUCCAUGGUUUUAUUUGCCACUGAAAAACAAAACACUUCACAGUCUUAUUUAAAAAAAAAAAGAUGCACAUUGGAAAUAAAGCCGUAUUCUAGUUUGCUUCUUGAGAAAGAACAGCAAUGUCAGUACUUCACUUUAUUUGGAUAAGACAAUACAUAGCCAGGGCCGGCUUGAGGUGAACUAGUGCCUUAGGCAAAAAGCAUCUAUGCCCCCCCCACACACACACACACACACACACACACACACACACACACACACACACGCACACUGCCUAUCCAGGCCAUCCUGGCCUACUCACACUAUCCAGAUUAAUGUUUUUCUAACUUUUUCUCACAAUUUGUCUUAUUGUUCAUUUUUUCCCUGCAGUUAUUUAUGACAGUCAGUCAGUAAAGCCAGGCAUUAGUGAUUCGUAUCUGUUGUAAAAAGAAAAAAAAAUCUUUCAGGUGGUUUCUCACUUAUAUUUGAACAUUGAGAGGUCUCUACUGCUGUGACCUUACAAUGUUUAAACUUAACAUGAUGUCAUUUAAAUGUUAAGUCAACUGGAGCACUGCCGCCCCCCCCCCCCCGGGAGCACCAGCUGUGCCACUGGCACAUUUUCUUGCAGCAGCGGCACUUUAUUUAUUUCUUUUUCAGACCCAAGAAACAUUGCUCUAAAAAUAAAUAAAUAAAUAAAUAAUAGGGAAGCAGCCCCCCCCCCCAACAAGCAUGGCACCCUAGGUGGCCACCUAAUUGACCUAUGUGCAAACCCGGCCCUAUAUAUAGCCUGUCUAUGAGUACAGGUUUGAAUCUCAUUUGAAAUGUGAUGUCUUCUGACAGUUUUGAAUGUAGUAUAAAAAUGACAUCUUAAUGAAAUACAAAUUGAUUCAAGAUGUUUAAUUCUGAUAUUUUGAUGCAGAUAUAUUUUGAGGUGGAAACUUAUAACCAACAUGUUUUUACUUUUGUUCCAGACUCCAGAGAUCACAGAGAUUAAUUUGAUGCCAUAAGGUAAUCCUAUAGGCUGCUUGUCUGUUUUUCUGACACUAUGCCUGAGCUUAGUAUCUGCCUACAAUUUUUCUCACCUAUGACAAGUCACUCUCGGAGUCAUGGUUGUAAUUAUACAGGUGGAGCAAAACUUGAUAGCAUCUUGCUCAAGAUUAAAAGAUUUACUACUAAAAUGCCAAAUAUAGAGGUCCUUUUUCUUUCACUGUAUCUAAACUGAAGCAGGGAAAAGAAUUAUAGGCUUGGCUGGCACUCAGACUGAAAACACUUUGUCCCACGCUAUCAUACCAUUCUUCAUACACUGUAGUAUAAGCUACAAGCUUCAGAGGAUUCUCUUACCUUUUAGUCUGAUGACAGAGAGGACAUCUCAGAAAAAGGGAAGACAGUGUGCUACAAUUUACAUCUGCUUUCAUGGUGACAAUCAUGGGUCUGAUUGAUCUACUAAGGAAAUAUUCCAAAAAAAUGUCUUCUUCCCUCCUCUCAGAAACCUUAGGUAAUCAGGCCUCACCAUCUGCUCAUUUACACCUACUUAUUCCCACAAGAUAGUAAAGGCUAGAAGGGGAGAUCUCAUCCUCAUGUAUGCUAGGGACACAUGUGUUCUUUUAUACUUUGACUCCACAUCCCAAGGGGAUGUAUACUGUGGACACAGACAAUGAGCCUAUGACCACCAGUGGUAAGUGCCAUGCUUGCUGCUUUAUGGCCAUGUUUUCCAGUACUGGAAAACUUGCACAGCCACUUGUAGCUGUCUCCCAUCAAUAUCUAACAAGGGUGCUCAUGGCCAUGAUGAAGGAAUUUGUCUCCCUGAUUUCCACCUCAAAAUAUAUCUGCAUCAAAAAAUACCAGCUGU